AUGGAGAAGCCAGGAGACAAAGUGGAGCUCAGCCCCACGGCUUUGGACCCCCAGCAUGGAUGGGCACACAGAUCUGAUGUGCCCUGUGAAGGAAGAACCGGUAGUGAGGAGAGGUGCUGCGGGCGUCCACCCUCACGGGACGAGGGGGCAGGCUCUGUGACCCCACCGGGCUCUGCUUCUCGAGGUACUAAGAAGCUGACCAAUAAGGCCACCCUGUGGUAUGUGCCCCUGUCACUGAAGAACGUCGACAAGGUCCUGGAGGUGCCUCCAGUCGUGUAUUCCCGGCAGGAGCAGGAGGAGGAGGGCCGGAAGCGGUAUGAGGCCCAGAAGCUGGAGCGCAUGGAGACUAAGUGGAGGAAUGGGGACAUCGUCCAGCCUGUCCUGAACCCAGGGUGGGAAGUAGCCUCACCGUGUCUGACCUGCCACGUGCCCCUUCUCUGUGCAGGCGUCACCAUGAAGCUCAUGGACGAGGUGGCUGGCAUUGUGGCUGCGCGUCACUGCAAGACCAACAUAGUCACUGCCUCCGUGGACGCCAUUAACUUCCAUGACAAGAUCAGAAAAGGCUAUGUCAUUACCAUCUCUGGACGCAUGACCUUCACGAGCAAUAAGUCCAUGGAGAUCGAGGUCUUGGUGGACGCCGACCCCGUGGUGGACAACUCGCAGAAGCGCUACCGGGCGGCUAGUGCCUUCUUCACCUACGUGUCCCUGAGCCAGGAGGGCAAGUCGCUGCCCGUGCCCCAGCUCGUGCCCGAGACCGAGGACGAGAAGAAGCGUUUUGAGGAAGGCAAAGGGCGGUACCUGCAGAUGAAGGCCAAACGGCAGGGCCGGCCGGAGCCCCAGCCCUAGGGGCCGCCCCCGCGCUGGGCCUGGAGUAGCCCCAGUGUCUAGUCACUUAGAAUUCACCCCCUUGGCCAAAAACCCAAUCCACAUUGAGAGCUGGUGUUGUGUGAAGUGUUCGUCUUGCAGUGUUAACCUGUGCUCUCUCCUGGAAACCUACACACCAAAGCUUUAUUUCUAUCACUCCGGUGUAAGCGCUCCCUAGGGAAUACUUGCGUGCACACUAUACGGUGUGUAAAGAAUCCAGCAUCACUAAUAAAGCUGCUGUUUGGCUGGA